UCCUCACCAAAACUUCUGGACUUUCAUUCUUCGUGCUGUUAACUGUCAGUCUCGCAGCAUAAAACUCCCGUGUUGAUAUGUAAUAUUAGUGACAUAUUCCGUCAAUUAUGUGUUGGAGUUUCAAAGGCAUUUUAUUUGGUUAAAAAAAAAAAAAAAAAAAAACACACUCGUGUACUUUAUAUUAGGAAUGGUACAACCCGGAACUUAAAAUAAUUAGCGGGACGGUUUUUCAGUUAGCAAACAUCCGCGCUGUAGUUCCAACUCCGCGAUGAGUACCAGAAAGGGCAGAGGAGCCAAGGUGGUGCCCGCCAAACCAGUUGGCAACCAGAAAACCUCCCCGUUGGAUUCUGACAACCAAUCUACCAUUGAUAGUGCUAUUUUCAUUGAAGGGCUACAGCAAGAAAAUGGUAACCCUCUGCACAGCACUGCCAUCGAAGAAGAUUUAAACGCACCCGUAAUAGCCCAGACGACAAAAACUGGAGUGGGGAAGAACUUGACAGAGACCGUGAAAGAAACGGUCAAAACCAGGCCUUUGAAGAAGGAUCAAGCAAAGAUAGGAAAGGCGAAGAGUGAUUUGGCCAGUGAUUCAAAGGCUGAAUCGGCAUCUGGCCCGAGCUCCAAAAAGAACCGAAAGGAAGUCCUGUCCUCUGAUGACGACACAGAUGAGGACACAAGCUGGAAGCCAAGUCCAAAAAAAGCAAAAAUGCUCAGUCUGGGGAGAACCAAAAACAAGUCCACAGACAAGGUUGAAACAGAGAAGAAGAAAAGGCAGCAAUCUCCGAGAGGAACAGAGUCGGAGGUGGUGUUGGAGGCCUUCCUCGAUUUCUGUGAUGAGUACAGGGAUUCCGUCGAGUCUAGAGCAGUCCAGCAGUCAAUUGAUUGUUUCUCCGACAAUGUCAAGGAGCAACUCUUGGAAAAGAUUGCCGCAUAUAAGGAGCUCAAGGUUCUGAAACGGGAAAAUGCCAAGGUUUGCUCCACUCUCCGUGCAAAGACACAGAGACUAUUGGAUGCCAAGGACGAGCUAAUUAGCGCAGAGAGGCAACUCGGCCUGCUCCACAACGAGAAAGCCGACCUCGAACUCCGAUUGCGAGAUCUGCGAAGAAGCCGAGCCUUCCUCCGGGAUAUCCGAGAUCUCAACAAAGUCUACCUCGACUACCGGCGCGCACAUCCGAAAGAGAGAGAGACGUACGGCGUAUCCAGUUUGGCGGCUCUACUACUGGAGACCGAGCACAUUCAAGGGGCAGAGCGCCAGCUGAGACUCAUCAAUAACAAACUGGAGGAAAAACUGAGGGGGAACGGCGAAUAACGUGUUGCGCUGCACAGUCGUAACCCAACGCGCACAUUUGGAGACUCAACAUUCACGAACGCGUUCUUCUUGGUUAAUAAUGAUAAAUGCACCGCUGUUUACAAAUGUCAAAAUGGAGUGUGUU